UGACCCUCAAAGCACGAGCCCUGAAUCAGCCUCUCGUCUGAAGACUGUCAGUUGCUGCUGCUGCUGCCAGCCUGUCCCCUGCCCCGGCCUGUCACUGUGCUGCCUCGCAGCAGGGGCAGCGGAAUGAAAGAGGGCAUGUCCAAUAACAGCACCACUAGCAUCUCCCAAGCCAGGAAGGCUGUGGAGCAGCUGAAGAUGGAGGCCUGUAUGGACAGGGUGAAGGUCUCCCAGGCGGCAGCGGACCUCCUGGCCUACUGUGAAGCCCACGUGCGGGAAGACCCUCUCAUCAUACCAGUGCCUGCGUCAGAAAACCCCUUCCGAGAGAAGAAGUUCUUCUGUACCAUUCUCUGACUCUGCUGGUUAUGAAAAUGGCUCCUCUUCUCUCAAGGAGUAAAAUCCCUGGUAGAGACCCUGCAUGCUCUUAGCUUUAGGGAGCUCCACCCACACCCAUUCCUGCCCAACCGGGAUCGCUGGGGCUUAUCCGGUCUUUUCAUUCAUUGCAUUCAAUUUCACUUUUUCUUUUCAUUUUCAUGUUAUUUUCCUUAUUGGCAAAGCAAAUAGACAUUUUUGUAGCCAAAUAACAAAUGUGCCAAGUAAAAAUAAAUAUGUAUUUAAGAGUUUAAAUUUUUUAAACAUCAAUUCCAAAGUUUAAAUAUAUCAAGUUAAUACAUUUCAGUGGAUAUUUGUUGAAAAGAAAAACUGUGCUUAACAAUCCCCCAUUCAUGAUAAUUCAGUAUCAAAUUAGAGCAUUUUGACCAACUGAAAUAUAUGGGUAAAGUUUUCACCUCCCUCCCUGGAGAAGGCAGUUCUGAAAGUUCGCUAUUUCCUGCUUUUCCAUCAUCCUACUAAAAAGGAAAUAACCCACAGCGUCGGAUGGUUUUCUCAAUGUGUAUCUUGCUGG